GUUUUCGAACGGUUUCGAUGCUGCCUCUGAAUUUUUUUUUCACUCCCCGUCUCCCAUACAAAAGACCAUUACCGAUCCUCUAUCACUCCCCUCCCUUCAUCUCGAUCAAAUUCCACACUCCCAUCCGUCUGUGGUUUGCUUCCUUCGCGGACCUGUGAACCCGCUUAAAGUGCUAUUCGUUUUAAUUAGAACUCAAUCACAAUGAUGGCCACACGGCUUUCGCGUGCUCUCCCCAGGGCAAGCUCAAUAGCUUCCCGCUCCUCGGGCCUGCUUCGCAGGACGCCCGCCUUCUCGCGGUUUGAGUCCACAGAUGAGAAGGUCAAGGGCGCUGUUAUCGGUAUUGAUCUUGGCACAACAAACUCUGCCGUCGCCAUCAUGGAGGGCAAGACACCCAGGAUCAUUGAGAACUUGGAAGGUGCUCGGACAACACCGUCGGUUGUGGCCUUCGCUGAGGACGGCGAGCGGCUAGUCGGUGUUGCUGCGAAGCGCCAAGCUGUCGUCAACCCAGAAAACACCCUCUUCGCCACCAAGCGGUUAAUUGGACGCAAGUUCACCGACCCCGAGGUGCAGCGUGAUAUCAAGGAGGUCCCCUACAAGAUCGUCCAGCACACAAACGGCGAUGCGUGGGUUGAGGCCCGCGGUCAGAAAUACUCGCCCUCGCAGAUUGGUGGCUUCGUCCUCCAAAAGAUGAAGGAGACUGCCGAGGCUUACCUCAGCAAGCCCGUCAAGAACGCUGUCGUCACAGUUCCCGCCUACUUCAACGAUUCUCAGCGUCAGGCCACCAAGGAUGCUGGUCAAAUUGCCGGCCUGAACGUCCUCCGUGUCGUCAACGAACCGACAGCCGCCGCCCUUGCCUACGGUCUGGAGAAGGAGCAGGAUCGUGUUGUUGCGGUCUACGAUCUCGGUGGUGGUACUUUCGAUAUCUCGGUCCUCGAGAUCCAGAACGGCGUCUUCGAGGUCAAGUCGACCAACGGUGACACUCAUCUUGGUGGUGAGGACUUCGACAUCCACCUUGUUCGCCAUCUCGUCCAACAAUUCAAGAAGGAGUCCGGAAUUGAUCUCUCCAACGACCGCAUGGCUAUCCAGAGAAUUCGCGAGGCUGCCGAGAAGGCGAAGAUCGAGUUGUCUUCGUCUCUCCAGACCGAUAUCAAUCUCCCCUUCAUCACCGCUGAUGCUUCCGGCCCCAAGCACAUCAACCAGAAGCUUACCCGCGCUCAGCUGGAGGCGAUGAUGGACCCCCUCAUCAAGAGGACAGUCGAGCCAGUCCGCAAGGCCCUGAAGGAUGCCAACCUGCAGGCCAAGGAUAUCCAGGAGGUCAUUCUCGUCGGUGGUAUGACUCGCAUGCCCAAGGUUUCGGAGUCCGUCAAGAGCAUCUUCGGCCGUGACCCGGCCAAGUCGGUCAAUCCAGAUGAGGCUGUUGCCAUUGGUGCCGCCAUCCAGGGUGCGGUCCUCUCCGGUGAGGUCAAAGACCUGCUUCUCCUCGACGUUACCCCUCUCUCGCUUGGUAUUGAGACCCUCGGCGGAGUCUUCACCCGCCUAAUCAACCGCAACACCACCAUCCCCACCAAGAAGUCCCAGGUUUUCUCUACCGCCGCCGACUUCCAGACUGCUGUCGAGAUCAAGGUCUACCAGGGUGAGCGCGAGCUCGUUAAGGACAACAAGCUCCUCGGCAACUUCCAGCUCGUCGGCAUUCCCCCGGCUCACCGUGGUGUGCCUCAGAUCGAGGUCACCUUCGACAUUGACGCCGACUCGAUUGUCCACGUCCAUGCUAAGGACAAGUCGACCAACAAGGACCAAUCCAUCACCAUUGCCUCCGGCUCUGGCCUCUCAGAGUCUGAGAUUCAACGCAUGGUUGAGGACUCUGAGAAGUAUGCCGAGCAGGACAAGGAGCGCAAGGCUGUCAUCGAGACUGCCAACCGCGCCGACAGCGUUGUGAACGACACCGAGAAGGCCCUCAACGAGUAUGCCGACAAGCUUGACAAGAGCGAGGCCGACCAGAUCCGCGAGAAGAUCACGUCUCUGCGGGAGUUCGUUGCCAAGGCCCAGUCCGGUGAGAUCACUGCGACCGCGGCCGAGAUCAAGGAGAAGACGGAUGAGCUCCAGGUGGCCAGCCUGAACCUGUUCGACAAGAUGCACAAGGCCCGUGCCGACUCUGGUGAGGCCAGCCAGAGCACGGAGGGCGCUGAGGGUGAGAAGAAGGACGAGAACAAGCCUUAAAACUUCAUACCACGCCAUUGACCUUUUAUACCCCUCAACUUUCUUUCUCGUGUGUCUGACUAGGUUGGAGCGGUGUCCUCCAGUGUAUAUUUCUGUAUUCAUAACUUGCGUUUGCUGGACACUCAUGAGGGUCAUCCACGUGUUUACUUCGCAGGCGGCGGAAGGCGUUUGAGCAUAAAAUCUGCUGCUUUGUUUUGGGCAGGAUCAUCUCACGAAUCUGAUGAUAAGGUGGGCUGGAACGGGGGAAUGGGGGCUGGAUAAAGCUGGCACACGGCGUGUUUGUAGAUGUACACGAUGACAAGAACAAUGUAAUCUGACUCCCCCCUC